GUUUUACUCAUUCUCAGUCUUCAUUUUCUACGCCUACACCUCCAUUUCCAUUCUCAAGAAACCCAUUCACAUACAAGUUCUAGUUUUUCGCCGACAUUUCUUUCGUUCUCGAUUCGUCUUCGACUUUAAUCAUAUGGCGGCGAGAUUCUCCAGAUCGGGAGCCUGCCAAAUCCACUCUCUCCCCACUCCCCGCAAAUCAUGAAUUCCAACUGUCUGCAAUACCACCAAGAAUAUGAACUGUCAAGAACGAGUACAAACGUCACCGAAGAGCAAGACGUUGACCUUCCUUACUACGAGCACGAAACCUCCCACGACGACCCCCAAUCUCACCUCCUCACCGGCAACACCGUACAAGGGAUUGCGAAACUAGAUGCAUCCCGACUCGCAUGCCUGACUCCAACAUGGCUUCGCAACCAAUACCUACCACGACGCCCACGGACGCGAACGAAGCGUCGCUCCCGCCGAUGUACAUGCUCCCCUAGAUCUUUUGCUCGAAAGUUCGCGUUGUUCUGCUAUACCCUUAUUACGACGAUUGUGGUCAUCGUGGUUGCUGGCGGCGUCUUCUUCCCCGGCUACACGAAACUUCCACCUCACUACCAAGCCUUGAAGCGACAGGUGUUGGCCUCUGAUGCUCCGGGGCGCGCCAAUCAGCAGCAACAAAAGGUGUUCAUUGCAGCGAGUCUCUCCGAUAAAGAGGGCAAGUUGUUCUCCGGGGACUGGGGGAAGAAUGUCUUGGAGUUAAUACGGAUAUUGGGACCAGAAAACGCGUUCUUGUCAAUAUAUGUGAAUGACUCCGGGCCCGAGUCGAAAAGGACAUUCGAAGAGUUCGGACAGCAUGUUCCUUGUGACCACGCUCUGGUUUUCGAGGACUAUCUGGACUGGGACCAACUGGAACAUCUCAAACUGCCAGGUGGUUCAAAGCGUGUCAAACGCAUCGAAUACCUGUCCGAAGUUCGCAACAGAGCUUUGCGGCCACUCGAAACAUCAACUACCAUGUUCGACAAACUGUUGUACCUAAACGACGUCUAUUUCCACCCGGUGGACGCUGCACAACUAUUAUUCUCGACACAUACCGUGGCGGAAGGGAGGACCGAUUACCGAGCGGCAUGCGCCGUGGAUUUCAUCAACCCUUUCAAGUUCUACGAUACCUAUGCCACCAGGGAUCUCGAAGGCUACGGCAUGGGGUUGCCAUUUUUCCCUUGGUUUUCCGCUAAUGGUGACGAACAAAGCCAUCAGGAUGUCCUGGAUGGCACAGAUGCGGUUCGAGUCAGGAGUUGCUGGGGAGGUAUGGUGGCAUUCGAUGCGGGCUUUUUCCAGAAACAACCAGGAUCGGAAUACAUACCAACGGCUGGAAACCAAAGUCCUAGCAAUCUCACUGCGCCAUACCGAUUCCGCGCCGAGAAGGACACCUUCUGGGAUGCCUCGGAAUGCUGCCUUAUCCAGGCGGAUAUUCAGGAUCCGGAACCCGGCCAGUCAGGUAUCUACAUGAACCCGUUUGUCCGAGUCGCGUACGACACCAGGACACUAUCCUGGUUGGGCUUCACUCGACGGUUUGAGCGCCUGUAUACUCCUGUUCACUGGCUGUUGGAUUUUGUGACCAACACACCAAGGUACAACCCAAGAAGACAUGAGCAGCCGUGGCAGCAAGUCUCGGAAACUACUUGGAUUCCUGAUGAAACGUUGGAGCAGGGUGGCUCUUUUCAAGAGGUCACUAGGAUAGCUACCCACGCGGGUUAUUGUGGCCGCCGAGGUCUUGCUGUUAUGAAAGAGGAUGGUGAUAUUGUCGAAGGGGAACAUAACUGGGAAAGUGUACCAGUUCCUUCUUGAGAUGCAUAGCGACGGCGUUCCGGUGGGCUGACUUUUGGGUCAACAAUGGAUAGAAACAACAAUGAAGGGUCGUUGUUACAGGCUGGACUUCCGUAUCGGCGUGGAAUCGAAUUGAUGGUUGUCGACCGUCAGCCCAAAAGGUGAUCAAUAUGAAAAGAAGCAUUGAAGUCCCUCAAAGCCAAGUUGGACUUGAUGGCAGUUGGGUCGCCGUCAUGUUCACUUCAACAUUUUAUUUCCCAGUUCGUACCGCCUUCGGUUUAUGAUUUCACUACGAGCGGCCGCUAAGACCUGCCG